AUGAUUUGGUCUGGAUUUUUUACUUCCCUUCAUUUGCAAGCCCUGUUUUGGAUUCUGGCAGAGAAUGGAAUGCUGGAACCGUGGUUUGAAAGUAAAGGUCUUGGUGAUGCGGAUCAAGUGCUAGCAUAUUUUGCUGUCUCCAAGCUUGGAGAACCUCCUGUUGAUGGAAAGACAGAUACCAAUCCUGAAGGACUGACAGCAUCAUAUGGGAAGUGGGCAUCUGUAGUAGCUGAAAGAUUACAGGCUGGAGGCCUUACUUGCAAGGUUCUCAACAAGGAAGCAUUUCAGAAGCAGAUGUUAGAGAAGUUGAUCUGGAUUUCAGCAUUCAUGCUUGUUGGAGCUCGUCAUCCGGGAACAUCUGUAGGUGGUGUAGAGAAAGAAUACCGCUCUGAGGUGUCUAGCCUCAUCGCAGAGCUUGCCUCUGCAGCAGCAGCAGAGAAAGGGUUGGUAUUUGAAGAAGCCAUGGAGGAUCGAUUAUGUGCAUACUCACGUGCUGUUGCUCACUUUCCAACUGCAGUUAAAGAGUUUAAAUGGAGAAAUGGUUGGUUUUACUCUCUAUCUGAGAAGGCAAUUGCAGCGGGAAAGCCUGAUCCCUGCCCCCUACAUACAGCAUGGCUCAAAGAGUUAAAAGUUGUCUAG